CGGCAGCAGGACACGCCUCCUUGACGCGCGGUAGCGGUUCGGGGCUGGCGACGAUCGGAGCCGGCUGAGCGCGGCACGAUGCUGAGCCUGCUGGAGGUGGGCGGCAGCCUGCUGGAGCGGGCCGCCGUCGGGAACCCGCUGUCGCUGCUGCUGGCCGCGUCCGCCUUCGCGCUCAGCCUCGGCUACCUCUUCCAGCUGGGAUACCGCCGACACGUCGGAGCCGACCGCACGAACCACCCUCCUUACAUCCCAUCCAGCAUCCCGUUCCUCGGACAUGCCAUAGCGUUUGGAAAGAGCCCUAUUGAAUUUCUGGAAAACGCCUACGACAAGUAUGGCCCUGUGUUCAGUUUCACUAUGGUUGGCAAGACCUUUACAUACCUGCUGGGCAGCGAUGCUGCUGCACUGCUCUUCAACAGUAAAAAUGAAGACUUGAACGCAGAGGAUGUGUACUCCCGGCUGACCACACCAGUCUUUGGAAAGGGAGUGGCUUACGAUGUCCCUAACCCGGUAUUUUUGGAACAGAAGAAGAUGCUCAAGACUGGGCUAAACAUUGCUCAGUUUAAACAGCAUGUAACUCUGAUAGAAGAAGAAACAAAGGAAUAUUUCAAAGCUUGGGGAGAUAGUGGAGAAAGAAACCUGUUUGAAGCCUUUUCAGAGCUGAUCAUCUUGACUGCAAGUCACUGCUUGCAUGGGAAAGAAAUCAGAAGCUUACUGAAUGAGAAGGUGGCUCAGCUGUAUGCGGACCUGGAUGGGGGCUUCACUCAUGCUGCGUGGCUUCUGCCAACCUGGCUACCUCUGCCCAGCUUCAGGCGUCGAGACCGAGCACACAGAGAAAUAAAGAACAUCUUCUACAAGGUUAUCCAGAAGCGUCGGAGUGCUGAGGAGAAGGAGGAUGACAUGCUCCAAACUCUACUUGAUGCUUCAUACAAGGAUGGCCGCCCGCUGACGGAUGACGAGAUAGCUGGGAUGCUCAUUGGGCUGCUCCUGGCAGGGCAGCACACAUCCUCAACCACCAGUGCCUGGUUGGGCUUCUUCAUAGCCAGAGACAAAGCGAUCCAGGAGCAGUGCUACGCAGAGCAGAAAGCCGUUUGUGGAGAUGAUCUGCCACCAUUAACUUACGACCAGCUCAAAGAUCUCAGUUUGCUAGAUCGCUGCCUAAAAGAAACCUUAAGGCUUAGACCUCCUAUAAUGACCAUUAUGAGACUGGCCAAAACUCCCCAGACAGUCGCAGGAUACAACAUUCCCCCCGGCCAUCAGGUCUGCGUGUCUCCCACCGUUAACCAACGCCUGAAGGACUCCUGGAAGGACGCCCUGGACUUCAAGCCUGACCGCUACCUCCAGGACAACCCGGCAGCUGGGGAGAAGUUCACCUACAUCCCGUUUGGCGCUGGCCGUCAUCGCUGUAUUGGAGAGAACUUCGCUUACGUUCAGAUCAAGACUAUUUGGUCCACUUUGCUUCGUUUGUAUGACUUUGAUCUUGUCAACGACUACUUUCCAAGUAUAAAUUACACAACCAUGAUACACACACCUAAUAACCCAGUUAUCAGAUAUAAGAGGAGGUCACUGUAAAUUCUGGAGCUAAAACUUUGAGUUGUGCAAACUAACAGACUUUGGAUGAAAUAAUUGUGACAAAAUGAAUGGCAAAUGGAAACUGUUCCAUGUUCUGUGUAGAAACAGGCCUGCACCCUCUUUGCAUUUUCAUUUCCCCACACUGUUUAAUGUUUCUGUGUGUAACUGCUUCUUCUAUCCAUUUCUCAAUGAUUUUUUUGUAAGAAGAGCCAUCAUUUAUGUGUGUAACACUGGUAAGGUGCAUGCCUCCCCCCCUUUAAAGUGAAGAAAUGUUUUUUCUAUUAACUUUGCUUUAAAAAACAUUUGACGAUUGCCUUUUCCCAGCUAAGGAGGGCUAUGACCGUACCUCAACUCUGUGCCCAACUACAUUAAGUCCAUGAGGAAGGAGGGGCUGAGGGCAACGUACGUGCCCUGCUUUGAAACAGUCACAGAUCAAAAAGGGAACAAAGUGACAUCCCGGCUGCUGCUUCCAGUGCUCACCUAAACCCAAAUGUUACAAACCAUCUCAGUACAGCUGAUAGGGGCGGCUGCAGAAGUGUUCAAAGGGAAGUUUUGUAACUCAGCCAUUUAAACGUUUAACUUGGAGCGUCUGUAAAACACUUCGCUUCAGAAAGCUACAAAUAACUUUCUAAGCUGAACUGUGAAAAGCAGCUGCCUCUGAAAGCUUGGAGUGAGCACUGGACUAACAACAGGACGACAGCGCUAGUAAGUAAAUAACACAUUCACCUGGAAGUAACCCAUACAUGAAGUGAAAUAGCUGAAUGCUGUUACGCUUUGCAUUGACUCGUGCAGGAUUGUUGAAUAGUGUUUGGUUCACAAGUGGUGGUGAUAAAUGGUUGUGAGCUCCAGCUCGUAGGAAUUUUGAUUAAAAUUUGUAAAGAAA